AUGUACGAGAACGCUGAGGCGAGCUACGACUUCAGCAGCAACGAUCCCUAUCCGUAUCCUAGAUACACAGAUGACUGGUUUAACAGCCACGGGACGAGAUGUGCCGGGGAGGUCUCUGCGGCUGCCAACAAUAACAUCUGCGGGGUCGGCAUGGCCGAUGGCUCCAAGGUCGCAGGUAUCCAGAUGCUGGACCAACCCUUCAUGAUGGACAUCAUCGAGGCUUCCUCCAUCAGCCACAUGCCUCAGCUGAUUGACAUCUACAGCGCCAGCUGGGGCCCCACCGACAACGGGAAGAUGGUGGACGGGCGGGAGAUCACGCUCCAAGCGAUGGCGGAUGGCGUGAACAAGGGCCGCGGGGGCAAAGGCAGCAUCUACGUGUGGGCCUCGGGCGACGGCGGCAGCUACGAUGACUGCAACUGCGACGGCUACGCCUCGAGCAUGUGGACCAUCUCCAUCAACUCCGCCAUCAACGACGGCAGGACCGCGCUCUACGAUGAGAGCUGCUCCUCCACGCUGGCCUCCACCUUCAGCAACGGGCGCAAGCGGAACCCCGAGGCCGGCGUGGCAACCACAGAUUUAUAUGGCAACUGCACCCUGAGGCAUUCUGGGACAUCUGCGGCUGCUCCCGAAGCAGCUGGAGUGUUCGCACUGGCUUUAGAGGCUAACCUGGGUCUGACCUGGAGAGACAUGCAGCAUCUGACUGUGCUUACCUCCAAGCGGAACCAGCUUCACGACGAGGUCCAUCAGUGGCGGAGGAAUGGGGUCGGCCUGGAGUUUAACCACCUCUUUGGCUAUGGGGUCCUAGACGCGGGUGCCAUGGUGAAAAUGGCCAGAGACUGGAAGACGGUGCCCGAGAGGUUCCACUGCGUGGGCGGCUCCGUGCAGGACCCAGAGAAAAUUCCAACCACUGGCAAGCUGGUGCUGACGCUCACGACCGAUGCAUGCGAGGGGAAGGAAAACUUUGUCCGCUACCUGGAGCAUGUCCAAGCAGUUGUCACGGUCAACGCAACCAGGAGAGGGGACCUGAACAUCAACAUGACGUCCCCCAUGGGCACCAAGUCCAUCCUGCUGAGCCGGCGCCCCCGGGACGACGACGCCAAGGUGGGCUUCGACAAGUGGCCUUUCAUGACCACCCACACUUGGGGGGAGGAUGCCCGGGGCACCUGGACCCUAGAGCUGGGCUUUGUGGGGAGUGCACCCCAGAAGUGGGUGCUGAAGGAGUGGACGCUGAUGCUGCACGGCACGCAGAGUGCCCCCUACAUUGACCAGGUGGUGCGGGAUUACCAGUCCAAGCUGGCCAUGUCCAAGAAGGAGGAGCUGGAGGAAGAGCUGGACGAGGCGGUGCAGAGAAGCCUGAAGAGCAUCCUUGGCAAGGACUAG